AUGCUCCGAGCGCCGCGGGCACGUGCGCGCGGGUCACCCUCGGCCCAGGUUUGCCCAGGCCCCUCCAAGGGGCCCUUUCCCCAGGGAAAGGAGAACGCAGAGGGAGAAGCACAACCUGAAGGUGACGACGAGGAAUACCCCUCCCCGCCUGACCUCACCGAGAAACAGAAGACGAUCAUUAAGGAGUCGUGGAAGGCCCUGGAGGCGAACGUGGCGAGAGUCGGCGUCGUCCUCUUCAUCAAGCUGUUUGAGACGCACCCCGAUGUUCAGGAGGUGUUCAUGCCGUUCAAAGGCGUCGACCUGGAAGAGAUCAAGCAUUCAAAGCAGCUACGUGCCCAUGCCCUGAGGGUCAUGGGUUUCGUCAACAAGGCUGUGGCUCGACUCGACCGGCCGGACAAACUCAUCCCUCUUGUGCAGGAGUGUGGGAAGAGCCAUUUCUACUACGGGGCCAACAUCAAAUACAUUGACUAUGUGGGUCCCCAGUUCAUAACCUCCAUACGGCCGUCGAUGGAAGAGGAAAACCAGUGGAGUCCCGAGCUGGAGGAAGCGUGGGUUCUGCUCUUCCAACACAUCGCUUACCUCAUGAAAAGCUCCAUGAGGAAAGAGAUGCACCAGUGAUUUUAGACCUACAUCACCAACACAAGCAUAGAGGGAUAAUAUCGCGCACUUUCAUGUUGUGAAGCUUUGACACGUGGCUUUGUAACUGACAUC